AGUACUACACCAGCAAUUCAACGAUGAGCGGAAGAGGAAAGACCGGAGGCAAGGCUAGGGCGAAGGCUAAGACUCGUUCUUCAAGGGCUGGACUCCAGUUCCCCGUGGGCCGUGUCCACAGGCUGCUCCGCAAAGGCAAUUAUGCCCAGCGUGUCGGCGCUGGUGCACCGGUCUACUUGGCCGCUGUGCUCGAGUAUCUGACCGCUGAGAUCUUGGAGUUGGCCGGUAACGCUGCCCGUGACAACAAGAAGACCCGUAUCAUCCCCCGCCAUCUGCAGCUGGCCGUCCGCAACGACGAGGAGUUGAACAAACUGCUCGGCGGAGUGACCAUCGCUCAGGGUGGUGUGCUGCCUAACAUCCAGGCUGUUCUUCUGCCCAAGAAGACUGAGAAGUCCAAGUAAAUCCAUUUUCGGCGAUAUUAACAAAGGUUCUUUUAAGAGCCACCCAUCUAAUCUUUUAAAAGCAUUUCCAAUAUUUAUCAUGGUUAAUAAAACAUAGUUGGUAAAUAUUAAACUCUAAUCUACUAGCCUAGUAGCCUGGGUUUCCCAUACUGCCUUGCGCGGUGAUUUCUUUCACGCUGCUCAGGCAGUCUGGAAACUAACGCCCCCAUGUUCGCCUGAUGUUGGAGGCCAAUCACAGAACAGGGGAGAAAGCAAGACCAUGAAGAGCUAUGCAGAGACGCAUUUGAUUGACAUCCGUGGCGCCCAAUGAACGGAUCUGGGCAUUUUUUCAAAUACGAGAAAAUGAACGUCUGGUUGCCAGACCACGUCUCAUUUGAGAAGUGGGAGGCGUUAGCCAGGCUACUAGCCUAGCCUAAUAAUGUGACUUGACGAUUCGGUGUCGAUUGUUUUCUUUCAGACCACUCCGAUGCUAUAUAUGUAACCAGGGCUAAGCCCAUGAGCGGUCUACACACUUAUAAGUGGAUGUAGGCCUACUCAUGGGUUUCAUCAGGUCCCUUUCUACGGGUGUAUUAAUCAAGCACCAUGCAGUCUGCAUUCAUAGUCAAGGUGCUUAAUUUAUACACCUGUGGAAAGGGACCUGAUGAACCAUGAAUACUAGGCUGGCUAAGCACUAGGAAUUCAAGAUUCAACACUUUAAUUGCCAUAGGCCUACAACAGAAGUUAGGAAUUUGCUGCGGACGGUGUGCUCUACAACAGAAAAGACAACACCACACAAAAACAGGAAGUCCGAGAUGCAGACAUAGACAUAAGACA